AUGUUCCCCGCUGCAUCCUUGUUGACAACUCUCCUCCUGGCUUUGUCAAUCGCGGCAUCUCCCGUUGAAGUUCGCAAUUCUCCCAUCACCCUCCCCAUCGCCAGGAAGCUAAACGUCCCAAAUGGUACCAUCAACCUCUUGCAGCGUGAUAAAGCUCGUGUGGCUGCCAUUAAGGGCCGCUCUUUCGACACGCUCAACCGCCGUGCUGCCAGUGAUAGCGUUCCUAUGACCGUCGAUGAUACUGUCUGGGCCUACGUCGCACAAGUUGGCGUUGGCAGCCCUGCCACAACCUACAACUUGAUUAUCGACACCGAAAGCUCAAAUAUUUGGGUUGGCGCCGUCAAGCCGUACGUGCAGACCAGCACCAGCAUCAAUACUGGUCAGGAAGUGGGGGUCGGCUAUGGUUCUGGCGCUUUCGCUGGAACUAUAUACAAAGACACUGUCACUCUCGGUAAAGGGCUCACCAUUACCAACCAGUCCAUCGGUGUUGCUUCUAAUACUUCGGCGUUCGGCUUCGGCGAUGCUGAUGGGAUCCUUGGUCUUGGGCCUAUUUCCUUGACAAUGGGUACCCUGAACAAUUCACCAGUGGGGGGGGUCCCGACCGUCACUGAUAACCUGCACAGCCAGGGCACCAUCUCUCAGGACGUCGUCGGUAUCUCUUUCAAGCCCAUCACUUCGCUAACGGGCACCAGUGGAGAACUUACCUUCGGUGGAACUGAUGCCACCAAGUACACCGGCUCCAUUGCGUAUACUCCUCUCACGACCACACCCCCUGCACUAUACUACUGGGGUAUCAACCAGAGCAUCGCUUACGGUACAACGACGAUCUUGUCUACGACGUCUGGUAUCAUUGACUCUCGUACCGCUCUCAUUUACAUUGCCACCGAUGCCUUCGACAAGUACCAGUCUGCAACCGGCGCUACUCUAGAUGCGGCGACUGGUCUUCUCAGUGUGACCUCCGACCAGUACAGUGCCCUCAAGAACCUGGACUUCACAUAUGACAAUAACACCUUCUCUCUCACCCCUAAUGGCCAGAUCUGGCCUCGUUCCCUCAACACAUAUCUUGGUGGUAGUAGCAGCGCCAUCUAUCUCGUUAUUCAUGAUCUUGGCUCGACCAGUGGUUCAGGUAUUGACUUCCUCACUGGCUACACAUUCCUUGAGCGCUUCUACUCCGUGUACGAUGCCACCAACGGCCGCGUCGGUUUUGCCACAACAAAAUACACUAAUGCCACCACCAACUAACGUGGAUUUAGGAUUUCCUUCCCAACUGUUGUACAUAGGAAAUAAAAGAAUAUUGUUCACACCCCGAC